CCACAGCUAAACACCAAGCCUGAUCGUCUGGAAAGGCAGCUUGGGCUACUACGGAGUCUGUCUCAUCGCUUACGGUGUGACCAAACAGGGGCCCAAGAUCUGAAUACCUCAUCACCGGACUGCAUGUGCCCAUCGACGCUGCUUAUCUUCUAUGGGUUGGCAAAGGUCAUUUGACAGUCCAGCAUGACCUCCCAAGGGCGAAAUCCCGGAUAACAAGUCAACGUCGCGAAACCACCCCUCAGCCAUGGGUAGACUCGGUCCCCUCACCUCGCAGGCAUUGGGCCGUUCUCCAUACGAUGAUGUCGUAGAGGGUAAUGGAGAGCCAACGCCUGGUGAGCCAGAGAAGCAAUACGAUGAAAGAGGCCGCGUAGUCAAUCCGCAGACGAAACAGAUCAUCAAGGAUGUCAUCCGUGCUCACAAUGAAGUGAUGCUCGUUAUUGGUGUUGCUGAACCAGAGAAUGACAGCGCCACGCAGGCACAGCUGGCCAUCGCGCGAGACCACCAAAUGUACGAGACCGAGACUGGCAAGACGCUGCUGAACUUGGGCAGAUCUCUUGGUAUUCUUGGUAUCUGGGGUGUCCACGGGGCUCGGCAGCGCAUAUUGCUAUACAAACGCUAUGCAGAUGUUCCCUUUCAUGAUCUUUACCGGGCGGAACGGGAGAACCACUCUCGACUACAGCUCUAUUUGGCCGGUGUUCCAUCUUUCAUUUCGAUGCAAGUGCUUAGGUGGUGCUCGCUAUCUCUUCCUGCAAUCAACGAGCGACGCAGCCUACGGGCCGCUAUGGCAUAUCUCCGAUUCCACUUCCAUGUCUUUCUCACCAUGCAACGUCUAGACUUGAUACCCUCUUCGCAAUUGCUACCUGGACUUCGUUUCUUCGUCCCUUUCAGCGAGUCUUCGCCUUUUGCCGCACCUCCAUCUCCCGCGGAUCUCAGCAUCGCUAGUCUAUCGUCAUGGCUCGGCAAGCUUGCGGUCAAUCUGGCGCCGUAUGCAGCCUUUUACCUGUGCGGCCGAGUAUGGAAUUUUCUGCACAUUCAACUGUGGCCUCACAUUCUGCGGGCGCUGCCUCGGCCGACGCAGCCCGAACUUCAAGCUCAUCGCGGCCUGAUGCAAGCCAAUGCCAUGAAUUCCACCUGGCAAUCAAUACCCGAGUCCCCCACGCUUGGUGCAGGGGACCGCGAAAUCCGCCACGCGCAGACUCCAGACGCUGAUGUGCCAACCCUAAUGGCCCUCGAUGGGCAGCAGCUGUCUGGAGACGACGACACCGGAGCACUUCCCGUACAGGCUAUCAGGCGGCAGAGCACAUUUUCCAGCCGAGGGGGUGGUGGCAUAAUGAUGGAGGACUACGGCUCCGACGAGGAGGACUCGGAGAUGGUCAACCCGACGCUAAUCAGCUUCGACGUGGACACGAGCGACACUGCAGAGCCUCCGGCAGGCGUAUGGUCCGCGGAGCUGCGUCCCAGCUUCGCCGGCGACGCACGCGGACAGGAUCAAGGCCUGCCGCCGCCAACGUAUCUCGUCAAUGCGCUCACCCGACUCCCUUCAAUCCUGGCAGCCGACAUCCUGAGCAAUUUCGCCGCAUACCUGCUCUGCACACCCAUGGACGCCUUGGCGUUGCGAAGCGUCGCUCAUGCGUUCGCCGCGAAGCGCGGCAUCCCGACGCACCACAUGCUUGCCGGCCCGUGGACCUCGACAGUGUCUAUGCGGGGCGUGGUGAAUAUUGUCGGGCUGGAACUCCUGCGGCUCAUCAUCUCCGGCGAGGUUUGGGCUGUGGCGACAGUCGUGUCGCAGUGGCUACAUGUCUCUGAGGAGGAAUGGAAGGACAUCCAUCAUGCUGACGCGGCGGCGGGUGCGCAGGUCAUGGACGAUGAUGAUGCGCUUCUGGAUGCGUGAACGCGAGAGGACAAUAUGAUUGAGAUGGCGCCUCACAUACUGCAGAACAUGUGUACCACGAUGACCGAGGCAUAAGAUCGCGUCUGUACAAAGUUAUUUACGUAAAACAAAUGUAUUUGUACAUCAUCAAGUCAUUCAGCAACGCAACA